UUAUCUCACACAACUUCUUCAACUCAGCACACAAAGUGUCUCUCUGUGCUCCUGGUCCGGACCUGGACCCGAUCCGGAUCUCUGUCAGCUCCUCCCGCGGUGCACGCGCCUCUUCCCGGGGCUUCUUUCUGCAAGUUAGGAUUUUGGAUUUUGCUGUGAGCUCGAGCCUGAGAUGGACUUUGACUGUGACUCCAGAGAGCAGCGGGUCGUGCUUUAGUUGUAGUCUGGACUCUGUCAGGUGCGCAGGGCCCCAAAGACCCGCAGAGACCUGCUCCAGCCGGCCCCGGAUCCUGCACAGAAGUGGUCCUGAUGUUAGCGGUGGGUCAGAUGGACGGGUCCCGACAGAGCGCCUUCCUCCUCAGCACCCCUCCGUUAGCAGCUCUGCACAGCAUGACCGAGAUGAAGACCCCGCUGUACCCGGCGUACCCGCUCUCCUCCACCGGCCCCAACUCCUCUACCUCACCGGCCACCACCUCUCCGAACCCGGGCGGCAUGGCCGUGUCCUCCCCGGGGAUCAAGAGCUCCACGGGGCUGUCCUCGGGGCUCGGCUCCCCGCAGCAGUGCUCCUCCGCCACCCCUCACGGAAUAAACGACAUCCUGAGCCGGCCCACCGCCGCCAGCACCGGCGCCACGGUGGCUGUGGCCGCCGCCGCCGCCGCCGCCGCCUCCUCCUCGGCGGGGAUCCUGUCGGGGCUGCCCCGGUUCAGCAGCCUCAGCCCGCCGCCGCCUCCCGGACUUUACUUCAGCCCCAGCGCCGCCGCGGUGGCGGUGGCCCGGUACCCGAAACCCCUGGCGGACCUCCCGGGCAGGACGCCGAUCUUCUGGCCGGGAGUCAUGCAGAGCCCGCACUGGAGGGACGCCAGAUUCGCGUGUUCACCCCAUCAGAACUCCGUGUUACUGGAUAAAGACGGGAAACGGAAACACACGCGACCCACGUUCUCUGGACAGCAGAUAUUCGCUCUGGAAAAGACUUUUGAACAAACUAAAUAUCUGGCGGGGCCGGAGAGAGCGCGCCUGGCCUACUCUCUGGGCAUGACCGAGAGCCAGGUCAAGGUCUGGUUCCAGAACAGACGGACCAAGUGGAGGAAAAAGCACGCGGCGGAGAUGGCCACCGCCAAGAAGAAGCAGGACUCUGAGACCGAGCGGCUGAAGGGCACCUCGGACAACGAGGACGAAGACGACGACUACAACAAACCUCUGGACCCGAACUCGGACGACGAGAAGAUCACACAGCUGCUGAAGAAACACAAGCCGGGCUCGGCGCUGCUGCUGCACACGUCGGAGAACGACAGCUCCUAAUUCUUGGUUUCCGUUUGUGGGAAAUGACACUGAACUCCCGGAGUCACAGCUCAAGAUGAUUUUUUUCUGUCUCUUUUUCCUUUUGUGCACGCGGACGGAGGACUUCCUGUCGGGACGAACACUUUGUGGCCCCUUCAAAACGAGAAAGUCAGAAAGUUGUAAAUAGAAACGUGAGUUGUGUCCGAUAGAAAUUAUCCUGCUGUGAAUCAUUCAUGUGUAAAGACAGAUUUUGUACAGAUCAGCUAAAGAAAACAAACAAACACUUUUAGUUCGUUUUGUAUUCACAGAAACAAACAAACAAAAAAACCUUCGACAGGUCCGCGAAGGCCUCUUCACCCGCCCCUGAACGCACCACACGCACCUGUACAUACAGCCGAAUAUUUCCUCACAUUUUUAUUUAUAUGUCUGAAGUUGUGAGUGAAGCCUGCAGCUGUGUAUCAUGGCGGGUCAAUGUAAUGCACUUUUAUUUAAUAAAAACUCAAAUGUU